AAAGUUCGAAAACUACUCUGGUACAUAACCCUUCUACAAGAUAAACGCAGCUGCUAUGACGUCACACAAGCCUUUCAGCACCGUACCAGGUGGCGCGCAGCAACAGCCAACACCGUUUGACUUGCAUGUUGACGAAGAGAAGUUGCAAGACUUCAAGACACUGCUCAAAUUGAACCCAAUCGCGAAAGAAACGUUUGAGAACAAGCAGGAUGAGGGAGGACAUGGAAAGUUCGGGAUCAGCCGGAAGUGGAUAGUUAAUGCAAAGAAGCAAUGGAUGGAAGGCUUUGACUGGCGUAAAGAAGAAGACUACAUCAACUCAUUCCCCAACUUCAAGACGACGAUCAACGACGAUGAUGGCGGCAAAUAUGAUAUUCACUUUGCUGCCCUAUUCUCCAACAAGCCAGAUGCCAUCCCCAUCGCCUUUUACCACGGAUGGCCUGGCUCGUUCCUCGAAUUCUUGCCUCUCAUGGAUUUGCUGCACAAGAAGUAUACGCCCGAUAACCUACCUUACCACAUCAUUGUGCCAUCACUUCCUGGCUUUACGCUGUCAUCUGGACCCUCGCUCCAAAAGAACUGGAAAGUUGCAGAUGCGGCACGCAUCAUGCACAAACAUCUUCUCUCUCUAGGCUUCGGCUCGACAGGCUACCUUGUGCAAGGUGGUGAUAUCGGCAGCCUUGUCGCGCGGCAGAUGGCGGCAACAUAUGCAGACUGCAAAGGGAUGCACUUGAACUUCGUUCUCAGCCAUGAUAUCCAGUCUUAUUCUGCACCAGAGGACAAGCUCAGCGAAGCAGAGAAGAAAGGCCUUGAGAGGGCGAACGAGUUCAGGGAAGUAGGCCGCGGCUAUGCCAUCGAACACCAAACAAGACCUUCGACUAUCGGCCUCGUACUCGCAAGUUCUCCCAUCGCCCAAUUGGCUUGGAUUGGCGAGAAGUUUCUUGCUUGGUCUGAUCCCUCUACUACACCCCCCUUGAAUACUAUCUUAGCCGACAUCACCCUAUAUUGGCUGACUGGGUGUUAUCCGACGUCGAUCUACACGUACAGAGACACCAUCAAGAUGCUGUAUGUGGACAAGCCGAUGGGCUAUAGCUGGUUUCCGUAUGAACUUUCCCCAACUCCAAAGGCUUGGGCAGAGAAGACAGGAAAGAUGGUCUUCUUCCGCGCACAUGAAGAGGGUGGACACUUUGCAGCUUUGGAAAGGCCUGAGACGCUGUGGGAAGAUGUGGAGGAGUAUGUUAAGAUUGCUUGGAAGUGA